GUGUUUCCUAACUGCGGAUGUGUUUCACAGACAUGGCAUAAUAAAGGCAUAUUUAUGUAUCUUUAUUGUGAUAGUAAAACAUGAAGUUGGUGGUAAUAUUUUUUGUCUCUUAUAGUGGAAAAUCUUACUUGAGUUUGCAGUAGUUGUGACGCCACUAAUGUGUGAUUAUUUGGUGACAGAUGACAGGGGUUAAGGAAAACUUGGUGGAGAAGUUGACUUGUAUUGUGUGUCAGGAGGCUUUCGACCCAAAGGUGCACCAGCCUGUGGCCCUGCCUGGUUGUGGCCACACCUUCUGUAGACCAUGUGUUGAGAAGCUCCAGCGCCGCUCCUACGUCCUACCAUGUCCUACCUGCAGGCAUCCAUAUAAGGGUGAGGAGGCAGCCCAUCUUCCUACAAACUACCUGGUGCUGAACCUCCUCCCAAGUGUUCUACAGGUUAGUACUAAAGAAGAUAAAUUGGAGCAAAUGGAAACAACCGAAAACUUUACCAACAAGCUGAAGGAAAAAUUCGACCCAGGCCCCAGCAAGCAGGAGAACAAACCUCAAGAAGAUGCUGUGAUAAAUGAUGAGAAUAUCGAGGGCAUGAAGAAAGAAAUUAAUAUAAACAAGAAGAACUUAGAACUAGACGAUUCAGAUAUGGACCAAGAUGAUGAGGUUUUGGUGAGGAGGGACCAAGGUGGUUUACACAAGAUGACACACAACACACAAGGCAGCACUCCUGAAAAUGGUCCUCUAACAUUUUGUGAAACACCGAGUGAAAGAGGAAUAACGAACCAUACUGUGUGGCACAAGGACUGGAGGUUUUGGUUGCUGUUCGUGGUGUUUGUGGUCAUUAUGGCAGCUGUGGGGUGUGGCGUGGCAUUAGGAUGCUCCAUGCAUGUUGUAAAUCAGUUAGGGUUCACAUCAAGUGGAAUCACAAGAAACAGCUACGCGUCUAAGUUGAUGUCAUCCACUGCCCGCACCAACAAAGGCGUCAUCCCUUCAGAGAGUUGGGUGGCAUGGUUGCAGAAUGCUGGCAACAAAGGUUUCCAGAGUAAACAUCAGGCCAUCAUUGGUGUGUUGGUGGCACUGGCCUUUGCUGUAGUUGGAACAAUGCUGUUCUGGAUAAUGGUUAUCAUAUGUCUCCUAAUACAGCGCCGUAGACACAGAAAAAAUGAGCAUUAUUUAUUGUCCAAUCGUCGUCUGCCACUCUUAUCAACAUGAAACUGAAGGAACUGUAGACCAGCAAACAAGAGAAACCGUGAAAAACAAUGCACAUGAUCAUAGAAAAAUUGGAUUAAAAUGCAGAGAUUCUUGUAAUGAUAUCUCAAAAUUGAUUAACAGAUGAAAGUGAAUGAUGUCAAAACAGGUAACAAGGAAGUUUCAGAAGAAGGCAAUACAUGUACCCGUGAAGAAAAAUAUGCCCUGCCACCACCUGACAUGAAGAUAUUGAUAAAUGUACAAGAUUUAGUUCAGUGGAGAUGAAAUAAGAUGAACCAUCCAUCACCAGUAUAUCAAGAUUCAAGAUCAUAGGUAAGGGUAAGAACAAUAUUACUUGGAACUCUUAAAGCGCAGUUCUAAGUACCUGUACAUGUGUUAUUGUGGUUACUGUGUAUGAUUAUAAUUUUCAAAGCAAAACAUUGUUAAUCUGAUUUUAAUGAGAUCCAUGCUUGGUAGGCCAGUUGUUGCAAAGUAAAUACUGUAUCACAUCAUAUUUCUUACUUGGAGUCAGGUUAAUUAUCUCAUGUGUUUCCAGUAUAUAGUACUUUGUUUUAACUCCAUUUGAAAGAGAAGGAUCAUUUUGAGAUGUAGUUCUUUGGUUCAUGAUCCAUAAUGGACAGUGUUUCUCUACUUUCUUUUUACUUACUUUUAUCCUCUUUGCAAAUGAUUUGCCUGUUAGCUCCCUGGAUGGUCGGUCACAUCUCUGUUGUGCACUGCCAGCAGAUACAUGAAUAACUUGUGGUAGUCUUUGCUUGCGGCAUUUUUUACCAAAUUAUUAAAAUGUCACCUGCAUUUGUUUGUAGUUGUUUGUUUAUCUGAUAAUUCACACUCUAUAACUGGUAAGCAUUCAGUAAGAUGUCACUCCAUACUUAGUAGUUCUGGGUGAAAGGUUUAUAUUCUUGUAUGUUUAGAGCUUCAGCUGGUUUGCUGACACUUGCCGGUAGUGUAACGAGCAAGCAAGUGGCUUUUCAGCCUUUAUUAAGAGCUUAGUUUUCAUCAGACAUGCCAUCUUGAUCUUCCUAUUGCUUAUCCAGUUGUUUCAAAGUUCAAUGAUGGGUACCCAACAACCUGCUCAGGUAAGCUGUUCCAUACGUCCGCAAUGCGCAGUGAGAAAUUGUAUUACCUUGGUCUAUUUAUGGAGAGAAAAUCCUGUGAACUUUUUUUUCUAGUUUGCAUUGAAACCUUAAGAUUAACAAGGUCAGGCCAGUUUGUGAGCAAAUAAGCUAGAUUACAUUAAGAUUAGGCACCCCAGCUUAUAUCACCUGAUGAUUAAACACCCUAAUGCUUAUACCUAACCAAACCCCCCAGGCAGCAUUAGGGUGUUUAAAUCAGGUGAAAUAAGCUGGGGUGCCUAAUAAUCUUCACGUAAUCCAAUAAAACAAUGUUUUUUUUAUACAGAACCUGGAGUGUAGAGAAUCCAUCUGGCAGGGAAGCUGUUUGGGUAUUUUAGGCAAUGAACUAGGUACUGUAUGAACUUAUUCUCAAAUGAUUAAGUCUCAUUCCUAUACAGGUUCAGUUAAUUUAAUGUUUUUUUAUGUUUAUAGUAGGUCUCAUAGGUUGUAACUUAGUGAACAGAAGAGGACUCCUGCAAAACCUCUUCCUUACACUCCAUCUCAAUAGUAUACCUCACAACAAGAGUCUUCCUUCACUGUAUUACUCCAAUGUUCUGUAGAGUGAUGAUGUCUUUAUAGUAUCUGGGGAUCAUUAAACCAGUUUCCUUCUUCCUUUAUUUAUUUGUUGGUAUAAUUUUUAUAAUAUUCUUAGUACCGUAUACCUUAAAACAGUGUCAAUAUUUAACACUUGCAGUUGACUACACAUUUGAACACCUGAGAAAAUCACCUGCAGAUGACAAUUGGGAAAGUAAUUUGAAAAAAAAAAACACUAGUUACUAACAGAGUACAUUAACAACAGGAGCUUAUUUCACAGAACCAUUGAGUUUUAACACCUGUUCACUCAUCUCUAAUGAAUAUAUGAGAACCUGUAAUGUACGCAGUUAAAUCAAUAUAAACAAUUUUCACCUGUGUGUGCUGGGAUUUGAACCUAGAGCAUUAAGGUUAGCAGUCAGGCAGCCAUCCACUGGACCACGAUGGACUAAAAGCUACCCAUCCUCAGCUACUCACUGCAUCUCAAGGUCCCAUGACCACAACUUUGAGCUGAUAGAUUGGGGCAGCCCCCCUAAACACCGGUCCUAGAGAGCUUUUAAAUCAAAUUCUUGGUCUGACUGUCAAUCUUGGUGGUCCAGGUUCAAAUCCCGGCACUCACAGGUGAAAUUGUUAAUACAGUACAGUUAAGUCACACUUAAUAUAGUCAAUAAAAGAGAAUUAAGAUUAACAUUAAGUAUACAGUACCGUAGUUAACUUUGACUGAACCUUCUGAAAAUUACAGGUAGUCCCCGGGUUAUGAACGUCCGACUUACAAACAUUUUUUACUUUCAUUUACUAUAUUUUAUCAUUAUAUUUCUCCUAAAUUCAAUUAUUUUUAACAUAUAAAAGGACUUGGGCUAUGAUAUAGAGGGAUUUUAAUCAUUGUUCUGUAAGGUAUGCAUAUAGCAUGUGUUUCGACUUUAGUACAUUUUUUAUUUCAGAAUGUCCCCAGGAAUGCAAUUUGUUUAUAACCCAGAGACUGCCUGUAUACACUCCAUCUACUGCACAAGUGAACUAGAUUACAGUACUGUAUAUGGUGAUGAUGUCAGCCCAUUAAUGAAAUUGCUCUAUCUUUAUGUAGUACAGAGUCUAUUUUGUAUUACUGUACAGUGUUAGAUAAAUGAAAACAGAUACUGUACUGAUGAAGAAUGAAAAUGUAUAAUGAAGUACAGUAAUACUAUACUGUGCAGAGUUAACGGCAUCAUACCAUAUCAGUGGAGGCUUCUUUCUUUGGUGAUUUUCUGGAAUUUUAGGUUUAAUAGAUUUAGUUUCCCAGUGUAGUCCAUUGUAUUCACUAGUCGGGAAAUAUUUUAUAACUAUUAAGUAGAUGGUAACUGAGGCUAUUUCUCACUCCUAAUGCUGAGGGUAAUCUUCCCGGGAGAUGUUCUGUGAAGUGUGUGAUGAUAGAUUGUACUGUAUUAGUGAAUGGCUCACCUGAAGAUUAGUCCUCUCCCCUUAAUUAAUUUUACCUUGAUUAACCACACAAAUCCUAACUUAUACCCCAAAGUAGCAUUAGAGUAGUUAAUCUUAAAAAUAACCUGUGGGGGGUGGGGGGCAAUCCUCAGGUGAUGCUAGAAAAAUUAACAACACUGUCCUAAUAUAUAUAAACAUGUACCACACUCAGAUGCCAAAUAAUAUAGUACUUUAAGUUUGGCUAAUUAUGUCUUCUUUAUUAUUUACAACCUGGAUCACAACAUUGAGUUGUACUUAAGUUUAUUCCACAUUAGAUGGAGAAGGAGAGAGCUGUCUUUGUAAGAUUCUUGUGAUGUAUGGAUAUCACUGAAGGGUCAAUGAGAAUAUUACAUUGUGUGGGUCUUAUUGUACCUUAUGAUCUUUAUAACUUUUACUGUACUUAAUUUGUUCAUUUAGACUCAAAAGAUAUAUUUACUGUAUCUCAUUUAGUGAAUUAAUAAUUAUGCAUGUUUGUGUAUUUAAUGUUGUUUGGUUGGUUGUGUUUGUCAAUUUUAGAUUAUAAGUUUGGUAAUGAAAAGGAAGACUCUACUUCCUCAUGACUAAGAAGGGAUUUACUCUUGCUUAAGGUCAAUAAGGGUACAAAACAUAUAUUAUUGCUGUGUAGUACAGUACAAGGGGUCUUUGUUAUAAGAGUAUUCACUAUCUGCAGUUUCGCAGUUAAGUGGUCAACUUUUUGUGACCAUAUACGUAUAAAGUCCCCUCAUUUAAGCUGAUUUCACUCAAAAACUCGGGAAAUGGCAGAUAAAAUCUAUGGAUUCUUAGCUGAAGCAUUUGAAAUUUUAUCCUCUUGCUGGCAUCAUGCAUGCACGUGUCCCCAUGACAGUUUUCUGCUUUGUUUCAUCCAGACCAGUACUUUGUUAUAUUUACUCCUGCCUUUGUUGUGCAUUUUCAUACAUUUUGCGGUGAAAUAUUUUAUUAUUUUUGUAGCCGUGAGUUCCCAACCCAAACAGGGUGGUGCAACACUCAAAAGGAAGUGCACUAGCUAUAAUAUAGAUGUAAAAUUAGAAGUGAUUUGGCUAAAGAAGAGUGGAAGUGGACAAUCCACCUAGUCCUGUCUCUCUUUCAUCCUCCGACUAAUCCUCCUCUCCCAACACCCACCUCCAUCAGUCCAAUCAAGCCAAGCAUCUCUACCUUUGAAACUAAGUUAAUAAAAAUAUUUUAUUAUGUUAAAAUUAUUUAUUUUUAAAACAUUAGUAUUUAGUCUCAAUAAACCAUUGAAGAGAGUGUCCACCAGCUGCUGCCGACCACCGAGUCACUGGCACGACCUACUUUGCCUCAACACACCGACCCCAAUGAACUUUAAGGAUGUUAAAUAACUUAAAAAGUUAAAUAAUUUCUUAAGAUAAUGUGCUACCAAAUGUUUCUAAGGCAAAUGAUUGUUAAAAGAUAUCAUAUAAAAAUUUCUUGAGUGUCGUGUACAAUGUCAUGGUCCCGAUUUGACCUAUUUCCAUUAUUUUUUUAUGGGACUAAUUCCCUGCUAUAAGCGGAUUCAUUACCAGCGGCAUUUUUCCGGUCUCAAUUAACCGCGGACACCCUUCCCUCCACCCAGAAAAGUUUUCUACAGCCAUAAAGAAUUAGAACAGUCUAACCUUACCCUAUCAAAUAAUUUGAAUUAGAUUAGAAUUGAUAAAUACCCCCGGUACAUAAUCAAUGAAACUAAACCAAGAGAAUGAGUGAUGUUCUGUAUUUAACCGACCAAUGAAUAUUAUGUAGUGAGAAGUGAUCCGCUAGUCUCGGUCGCAAGUAUAAUGUAGUGGUGUUAUAUUUAGCCUUGCUGUACUAUAGCCACAAAUUCCUACAUCUAUUUUUGCAGCUUUAUUACUGGUUAGUCUCCCAGCCUAAAUAAAGGAUUAUAAUGGUAAUAAAUGUAUGAUUAACAUUUUAUAAGCACUGUUUUUAUACCUACCCUGUCUAUGUACACUAUACCUGCACUGUUUAUGUCAUGGUGAUCAAUGUGAAUUUGAACGACUAAGUUUACUUAACAUUUAACUGUUUAUCUCCUAAAUAUUUAUAUAUCUAUUUAUAUCUGUCUGUCUAUCUAAUUCUGUGCUACUUAUUUAUCUGUCUGUCUAUAUAAUUAUUUAUUUAACUAUAUAUUUUGACUUAUUUAUCCAUCUACCUAUCUAUCUAUCUCUAUCUUAACAUUUUCAUCUCAGUGUUAUGGAACAGGAGUUUUGCUUUACUUAUAAACUCUCUAGGUUUCCUUCUUAGUAAAUAAGUGUUUUAGUGUCUUGUUGAAUAUUGUAAUUACUAAUUGGUUUUACAAGCCCACAUCAUUCACUCCAUUGUAAAUCAAGUAAUAAUUAGUAAACAAAGAGAUACAAUUACAAGAGGUUAUAGUUUCAAGUUUGCUGAUUUGUCAUGCAUAGUAAAUACUCUAUAAGGAAGAGUGGUAGACCCAUGGCACAGUGUUAGAUAUAUGUAGCUGUGAAGACAAGAGACACUGUUAAGCUUCAAUUUAUCCCUCAAUAGACUGUACAGUGUUAAGAACAUUGGAGGGGAUUGUAUAUAAGUCAAUAACCACCUAUAGUUACUGUGGACAUUAGGUUAAAAGUCUAUAUGUUAUAAGGAGUUUAGUUAAUCUGUGCAAAACUGUGAUCCUCUACAAAUGACACGAAGUUAUUUACUCAAAAUUUAACCAAGUGCUGUGAUUAAAUUUUUUUGCAGUAAAGACAUAAUCAUACUGAUAUUCCUUGACUGCUGUGUACUGUAUUACCUUUAGUAAGACAGGUAUAUAUGGUCCUAGAGCAGUAUAUAUUAGUGUAUGAAUAUUUUUUAAUGAAUAUACUGUACCUUACUUAUUUUGUCACUUGAUUGUACAUUAUUUACUUUUUGUAUGUCUGUGCCUUAAUACAGUACUGUACCUAGAAGCUAACAUCAAUAAAACUUCUAUAUCAA